UAUAAAAAGGCGCCCAUUCAAAGCUCAGCGCGGCGCAAAAGGUUACGACUGCCAUCAUAUAUGCAAGAAAACGCAAAUAUGAUAUGGCGGAAAGUUUAACACCUUGGAUGGCAAGGUCAGUAUGUCAUGGCUUAUUGGACAUAACAAAAGAACAAAAAAAGCAAUAUAGUUUAGGAGAUGACGAUGAGAUAGCAGAGGAAAAUGAUGAUGUUACGUCCUUUCAAAGAGGAAGCAAGGUACAAAUAGUUCGAUUUUUAGGCUUUGGAGCUGCAAAUGUAAUCCAUAGGCAACAGGAUGAUACUGCAUUAUGGGCAAUCGUAGCAGACAGAACACACUGGACAUGCGUCAAAUUCAGUAAAGAAUGUGUCGACUCAUUCGAUCGAAUGCAUACCCGAAAGCUUAUCUCCAUGCGUGGAUCCGUCAUUGCUUUACGAUGGUAUAGACCGGGAGCAUCAAUUCAAGCCGACAAACUGUACUCUAUUGAAGCCAAUUCUCGGGGCGGUGGUCCAUUUGCUGCUGCUGUACAGUCGAAUGAGAGUAUAUCAGCGGGGAUUGUGCCAAGACUGGUUCUACACGUUGAAUCCAUUCAAUUGUGGGGAAGCAUUAAUGAAUCUAUCUUUUGGGAUACUGAUGAUCUGCAAAAAUUCUUGCUGGAAGAUGAAAGCCAUGGCGGAGGUGUGGGCAACGGCACAACUUCAAGUUUGAUGAUGGACAGAGAACAUAAAAGUGCUUUCAAAAAAUGGAUCGGAUCGAUCAGGCGGCGGUAUGCGAGAGCAUAUGCAAAGAAGCAUCAAAAGACAAACGCAACCAUACAAAGCGCUUCUACUUUGUCUUCGAAGCAAUUCACUACAGGAAGUGAAUUUUCUGGUCCAAAGCCGUACCAACAACCAGUGGAGAAAAAAAGAACUGGUAGGCAGGCAGAAGCAGAAAGUGUUGACGCUCGUGAGAAGAAGAAAGCAAAGGUGGAAAAGGCCGAUUGGGGAGAUUCUUCGCUUAGUUGGUCUGACGAUCAUUUCGGCCUACAAGCAGCAGCUGACACACUACUUGAACGAAAAGAUGGACAUUCUGUCAUUCCGAACGAGACGGAAACUGAUUUCAGUGAUCCUUUUGCAUUGGCAACAUCUGCCAAAUCGGACGAACCAUCGAGUUUAGAGGUGGCAGCACCCAUACAAUCAGCAGAGCGGGAAGUGCCCCAAGCCGAUCCCAAAGCGUAUGCUAAAGAAGAAUCAAAGUCUUCGUCAAAUCAAGACGAAAGCGGGAAUCGAUCAUCUGCUACCGAAAAGGACGACAGCACCUCUCCCGAAAAGGAGCGCGAUCCAGCACGCUCAGGCGACGUCAAUUGGACGGAUCUUCUGAAUCUUGCAGACGAAUGAUGAAGGACAUCAUAAGCUAAUCAAUGGUAUCAUUAUUGUACAGUAGUGUAUUAUACAGGCAGACUAUGUGAGAGGAAUUUUAGGUUUUCUUUAUUUUGGCUGUCGCUCUUGCCUUCCUAUUCACCUUGCGUUCAGUUCGCUUUGCCUUUUUGAGUUCCUUUUUCUUAUUGAUAUCCAGUGGUGUUGAGCUGGCCAAGUGUUUGAUGUGAGGAGCAAU